GUCGGCGUUACAUUGCUCAGAGUCAAGUCGUCGUCGUCGCCGCCGCCGCCUUCUUCUUCGCCUCAACUGCCGCCGCGACCGUCUUCUAUUCCACCGCGAUUAGCGAUAUGUGUCGCAUGACUGUGUACAAAGGCCUCGGGCUGGACCAGUCCAUACUCCUCGCAGACCUGAUCGUCAAGCCCAAGCACAGUAUCAUCCACCAAAGCUACGACUGCCAUGAACGUUUCCACAACACUGGCCUUCCGUCGCAACUGAACGCAGAUGGAUUUGGCAUCGGGUGGUACGCCGAGAAGCUGUACAGCGCCAAGACCCGUGACGAGUUGCUCUUCAGCCCCAAGCGUCGCGUGUCGGACUCGUUCGACGGCGUCGUCAUCCCCCGCAACAAAGAAUACGAGACGCCAUGCGUGUUUACGAGCAUCUCCCCCGCAUGGAACAAUCGCAACCUCGUCCAACUCGCCGACAAAGUCAGCUCGCCGCUGUUCUUUGCGCAUGUCCGCGCCGCGUCCAUCGGUUCCUUGACGUCGGAAACCAAUUGCCAUCCAUUCACGUUUGACAAGUACUUGUUCAUGCACAACGGAGGCGUGUCAGACUUCCACAAGAUCAAGCGCAAGCUCAUCGACAGAUUGAGCGAUGUCGCAUACAAAAUGAUUCGUGGCAGUACGGAUUCCGAGCACUGCUUUGCGCUGUUUCUGACGCAUUUGGAGGAGCUCGGGUCCCUCGACCAAGAGUUUAGCGGCAAGGACAUGCGCCACGCCUUGGGCACGACCAUCCGUACCCUCAACCACCUGUGCCAUGCCGCCGGGAUCACGGAGCCGUCGCUGCUCAACUUUGCCGUCACCGACGGCGACACCCUCGUUGCCACGCGGUAUGUGAACGUGUCGUCGUCGGCGGCGGCGUCGCUGUACUUUUCAUCGGGAUCGCGAUGGAUCCGCAGCGUGGAACGGCCCAAAGAGUACAUCAUGCAGCGGCACAACAAGGAAGAAAAGGUGUUUGUGAUGGCGUCGGAGCGCUUGUCCAAUGAACCGAGCGACUGGCUUGAGGUACGAUAAUUGGAGGACGACAUACAUUCAUGAGAAUGUAGGUGCCGAAGAACUCGAUUGUGACCGUGACCAAGGAAAUGAACAUUCAAAUCUGCCCGAUUGUGAGUCUCCUUGGCGACGAACCCGAGCCAGAAGUCGUGCCGCAAUCCCCCGCCGUGCUGGAGAAGUCUUAACAAUAGUACAAGUCGUCCUUCCUCCAUUCAUCACUGCUUUGGUCCAGCAUGCUACUAUACUCGUUGCAUUGUUUGCAUACACAGUCGCCUCUCCAAGGGUUCGAAGCACCACCGUUACAUCAUACAGAGUCGCCGCUCGGAGGUUUCGACGCGAGGCAGCAGCACUGUUUCCUUGACGCACUGUCCUUCCACGUCCCACAUGAAGUCUAUGUACUAGUACACCAUGUUGCUGUGGACGACAGGUCGGUCAUGUGGCGGUCGGUCGUGGUCGUCGGCUGGUGAUUGGCGCGUUUUGAUUGGCUCGGGCCGGGAGUUUUAAUUAAAUUUCAUCGACUAGAAUAAAA